CCAGAACGCACCCGGAUGUCAGUUCUGAAGUGAUUUCAGCACGACCCGAACCUCGCAGUUUUACGAGCUCUUUGGAAAAAGCGAAUUGCUGUCACUUCGGCGAGUUAUUCUGUACUAUUUCCCUAGAUUCUAACUAUGUGUGUGAUACGCUGAAUUUUGUUAGUAUUGCACUGCGCAGCAACUUCAAACGGCCGGCAGAGCGGAUAAAUCUGCUUUUCGCUCUCGCUGCUCUAACGACGCGAACUGCUCGGGACCUCCGACCCGUCAGAGCCGGAGGGCAACUUCAGAACUUCGGUUAAAGCGCUGUAACCUGCACUGAUGGGUGCACACAGGAAUGAGGGCCGCAGAGACUGGCUCCAGCAGGACGUCGCUGAGCAGGACGUAGCUGAGCAGCAGGUUCAGUCUGUGAAUCCCUGGAACAUCAUGAUCAAGCACAGACAGGUUCACCGCAGGGGUCGACGCUCACAGAUGACCGUGAGUUACACAGAUCCUGUUAUUUCUAUGGACCUCCUGCGGAAGGUUCUGCAGCCCAGCUUCAACGAGGACAUAUUGGCCGUCUUCAGAAAAUACAUGAAGUUUUUUGAAAAGGCAGCCAGCAAUGUCAAAGAGAACGUGGGAGAGGAUAUACAAACGGACCAUCUUAUCAGGGAGGCUUGUCGAAACUGCUUGGAACACGCGAAACAGCUCUUUCCAGAAGCAGAGAAAACUGUCCAAAGACCUGUUUUCGAUACCUCAGUGAAGCGCUCACGGCAGAUGGAGGAUGACUCCAGUCAAAGAGGCAGCCCAAUCCCAAAAAAGAGAAAGGGACGUCCCCCUGGGCAAGUUAUAUCUUAUGACAGAACUAUACCGUACAGCACUCCGAUAAAGCCUAAGACAUCUGAACCCAUAAAGCGGGAAGGACCAAAGUGGGAUCCCACCAGGUUGAAUGAGAAAAGCACGUUUGUUUUAGGAUCCAGAGCGAACAAGGCUUUAGGGAUGGGUGGCACCAGAGGAAGGAUCUACAUUAAACAUGCAGACCUGUUCAAGUACGCUGCCGAUGCUCAGGACAAACACUGGCUUGCAGAGCGGCAGCACAUGAGAGCCACAGGUGGAAAGAUGGCAUAUCUGUUAAUUGAAGAGGACAUCAAAGAGCUUGCUUUAAGUGAAGAAUACAAAGACUGCCCUGACUUGAGGCUGGAUGAGCUGAAGCCAUUCGUGGUGCCAAUAUGGAUGGUAGAGAAGAUGCAGAAGGCAAUGGAAGCUCAGAGAUCUGAGAAGGACUAGAGGAAUGAGAGCCCAGCACAUUUUAGGUUAUAAGAUCUUUUCUAGGAUCAGCUCCCCUCGACUGUAUAAUAUGGCUUAUUUUAAGUCAUAAUUGUAAUCAUAUUGAAUAAAAACGAGAGGAAACUGAUAGUAGAUCAACAGUCUUACUCUGAGAAUUUUGGUAGAUACAUUUCCUAAUGUCAUAAAAAUUAUCAGCCUUCUAAACCACAAUAGAAGUCACUGGACCAUGCACAUGUUGACCACAGCGUAGUUUGCAUUAUUUUGAUUUCCGUUUGUGGUUUUCAUUAUUGACUCUGGCCUUACAAUCAAGCUUAGGAAUUUGUUGCUUACUCUCAUGCUGGAAAAGUGUGAACUAUCAGAUGUUCACCAGUUUUGUUUUCAUAAACCAGUAUUUAUAGAGAUAAUGUUAGACUGAAACAGUUUAGAUGUUUGUCUUCCUUUUUUCUUCAAUCAGCAAAAUACCUUUUUGUAAAAAAAGCAACAAAAAAAAAAACAUUUUUUUGUAUGAGAAAAUAUUUGCAAAAGUGCAAACUCAGUGGUACUAUGAGUGCUUUCUUCUGUGAUUUUGGAUCUUUAUUUUUCUUCUUACCCUCUCUUUAAAGGAGCAUUCCACUGAUUUUCCUAAAUUUCUGCAUAAUUCAGUGGUUGAGAUGUAAACUUUUAUUCUUCAUUCAGUUUGAUAUGAGACGGCUCAUUGUAGAGAAACUUGCCGACUCUGAGUUCCUCUGAUUUACUAUCCAAAACCACCAGUGAACCUACACGUCUUCUGAUUUUUUACAUGUAAUAUUGAUGAUGGUGAAAUAGUGGCAAGUCUGAAAAAAAAUUCUUUGGUGACUAUUUUGCCUUAUUUUUACUCUGCAUGUACCCCUUCGCCAGGAAUGGAUUAAAAAAAUAUAUGUAUUAGGUAAACAGUUUAUAGGACGACGAUCAUAAAACAGUGUCUCAGACAUCAGGCAGCCAUUUUAUGUAAUAACUUUCUUUAAAGGUGCUUUUAGAGGCAGACGUCUGGUUCCUACCACCACCAAUAAUUCUGUCUCAUCAAGUUUCUCUGAAAAAGAGCGUUUUACACCAAACCACUCUGAAUGACUUUGUUUACAUCUCUACCAUUAUAUGGAAAUUUUGAAAAAUUAGUGGAACACUCCUUUAAGUUUAUACCUUGUGAAUGUUUUUUUUUACACAAUACUGAACCUCUUUUAUUUGUGUUGUCAAAGGGAAUUGAUUCAUUUUGUCUAUAAUUUCUCUUUUUCACCUUUUAUUUACUGUUUAAUACUCCAGAAAAGGGAGUUCUUCUGUUCAAGCUACAAAAGCAUUGUAGUAUGCCAUGUGCAGUACUGUACACACUUAAAAAAAGGUGGUUCUUCAAGAGUUCCUUAGUAAAGGGAAUGGUUCUGUUUAGAACAGUGAGUUGUACAUAGAACCAUUUCAUGCUUAAAAGGUUCUUUGCAUGGUGGAA